AUGGGUUUCAAGUUGACUUUGAAUAAGUCGAACAUUUCUCAAUUCAAGUCUACAUGCUAUCCAUUAUCAGGCUCAUUAUCAGGCUCACCACAGUUACAGAGAAUGGAUCAAAAUCAAUUGAAGAGUGUAUCUGAUGAUCCAAUUCAAAGAGAAAUAGAAAAACUAGAUGAAACAAAUAAGAAACAAGAAUGGAGAAUCCAAAAUCUGGAAGCAAAGGCAGUACAAAAUAUCAACUUAUAUUUUGUAUUCCAAGCAGUUAUUCUUGCAUCCUCCUCCGCCGCCAAUUACCGCAACUGGUGGAUUCCGGCCACUCUAUCAGUUCUUGCGGCAACCCAUAAUCUGUUUACAUUCUGUGCUGCCAUGUAUAAAGUUGUUAAAUCCAGGGAAGAACUUGAUCAGAACAUGGUGGACCUUGCAUUCAUGAAGGUGUAUCAAAUGACAAAAGCUCAGAUCAAUCAGGUUUUGCCGGGGACUCCGUUGAAUCAUCGUAGAGGAGAAAUCGUUCGGCCGAUGCCCAGCUCAGCCCGGAGGUGGCGCCGCCGCCUGCUGCUUUGUUUUUCAGUUGGCUUGUUUAUUGGCUUCAGCUCUGUGGUUAUGUAUGGUUGCCAUACUCUAUUGCGCCAUCCAGGUGAUAGAAAGUGUGUCAACGGUUGCUAA